UUGGAUGGGCCUAGAUGAAGAAACAAGAAAACUGACCAAUGAGGUGAUGGGGAGGAGGUUAGAGGGUCAGUAGACCAGCAGUCACAUGAAACCAAUGGUGAUUGCAGCAGAACACAGGAACGUACGACUUUAAUUGAUACAUUUAGAGACAAAUUAAUACAGAGGUGUGAUGUCCAGUCUUAAGGAGAUCUGUGCAGGACUUCCUCUUGAUCCUCUUCCACCAAACCAUGGCAGGGACCCCAGCGUACCUCACGCACCUGUGCGUACUCCAAACCUCACCGCAACAGAAGAACGGCUGGCUUUGAAGAAUGCUUUGAGAUAUUUUCCCCAUGCUCUUCAUGAGACUCUGGCUGCAGAGUUUGCACAGGAGCUCAGACAGUAUGGACAUAUAUACAUGUAUCGCUUUUGUCCUGCACUCCACAUGAGAGCCUAUCCCAUUGAUCAGUACCCAUGUAAAACAAAGCAAGCAGCUGCCAUUAUGCUUAUGAUCAUGAACAAUCUGGAUCCUGCUGUAGCGCAGUUUCCACAAGAGCUGGUUACGUAUGGAGGAAACGGACAGGUAUUCAGCAACUGGGCUCAGUUCUGGCUGGUAUUUCACUAUCUGAGCACCAUGACUGAAGAGCAGACCCUUGUUAUGUACAGCGGGCAUCCCCAGGGUCUGUUUCCCAGUCUCCCCUCUUCACCACGCUGUGUAAUAACUAAUGGCAUGGUUAUUCCAAACUAUUCUUCCAGAGAGGAAUAUGAGAAGAUGUUUGCUCUGGGCAUUACCAUGUAUGGGCAGAUGACCGCUGGAAGUUACUGUUACAUCGGCCCUCAGGGCAUCGUCCAUGGCACCAUGUUAACAGUGCUAAAUGCCGGUCGGAGAUACCUGGGUUCCGGUGACUUGAGGGGGCGUGUCUUCGUGACCUCGGGUUUGGGUGGCAUGAGCGGAGCACAAGCGAAGGCUGCCGUCAUUGCUGGCUGCAUCGGAGUCAUUGCUGAAGUUGAUGAAGCUCCUUUAAAGAAAAGACAUGAGCAAGGCUGGCUGAUGGAGGUUACUAGUGACCUAAACCACUGCAUCCAAUGCAUCAGGAAGGCCAAAAAGGCAAAGACUGCUUUGAGUUUAGGUUACCAUGGUAACAUUGUGGAUCUUUGGGAAAGGCUGUACGAGGAAUACGUGCGAACGGGAGAUUUAUUGGUGGAUUUGGGUUCCGAUCAGACAUCACUUCAUAACCCUUUCAGUGGAGGAUAUUACCCAGUGCAACUAACCUUCAAACAAGCCAAUCAAAUUAUGAACGCAGAUCCCCAGCACUUCAAAAACUUAGUACAUGAGAGUCUUCGUAGGCAGGUGGACGCUAUCAAUAAACUCUCAGAUGUAGGGAUGUUCUUCUGGGACUAUGGCAAUGCUUUUCUGUUAGAGGCUCAAAGAGCAGGUGCGGAGGUGGAGAAGAAAGGAGGAGGAGCUACUGAGUUUAAGUAUCCCUCAUACGUCCAACACAUAAUGGGAGAUAUUUUUUCACUUGGUUUUGGGCCGUUCCGCUGGGUCUGUACCUCUGGUGACCCUGCUGACCUGGCUAAGACUGACGCAAUCGCCGCUGCUGUAUUAGAAGAGAUAAGCGCUACGGUAAACGAACGCGUUCGAGAGCAAUACACCGACAAUAUCCGCUGGAUUCAUGAGGCUGGGAAGCACAAGAUGGUUGUGGGUUCUCAGGCCCGCAUUCUCUAUUCGGACCAGAAAGGAAGAGUAUCCAUUGCCUUGGCAAUAAACCAAGCCAUUGCUAAGGGAAGAGUCUUGGCCCCAGUAGUGAUCAGCAGAGAUCACCAUGAUGUCAGUGGAACAGACAGCCCAUUCAGAGAGACCUCUAAUGUUUAUGAUGGCUCUGCAUUUUGUGCUGACAUGGCAGUGCAGAACUGCAUAGGUGAUGCGUUUCGUGGUGCCACAUGGGUUUCCUUGCAUAAUGGAGGGGGGGUUGGAUGGGGGGAGGUGAUAAAUGGAGGUUUUGGGUUGGUUCUGGACGGUUCUGAAGAAGCAGGGCAGAGAGCUCGACUAAUGCUGAACUGGGAUGUCUCUAAUGGGGUGGCACGGAGAUGUUGGUCUGGCAAUUCUAAUGCUUUUGAGACAAUUCAGCGUACCAUGGAGGAUCAGAGUCAGCUAAGAGUCACCAUGCCCUACAAAGUACAGGAUGAACACAUUCUGGACCGUGCACUACAGAGCUAAAUUCAAAUCUAAAAUGUUAUAUCAAAGAUUAUGCAUUGAAGUACAAGUGAAUAAUUUGAUAGUUAUACCAAAUACAUGUGCCACAAUCAGGAUUGUAAGAUACAUUUAAAAUCUAUACAUCUAUGGAAUGCUUUUAUAGACUAUUUUAUUCAUUUCUACUUAGACACACAACAUAUGGUGCAUAGUUGUAAUGCAUAUUGUGUUUUUGUUCAAGGGUUUUUCAAAUUCAGCCUGAAAAUUGGUUUAAAUUUAAAAUCUAAAAUUUGUUAUUUUUGUCGUGUUUUCCAGUACCAAUAUCUAACAUUUUCAGUUUCAGAAGCAAAAUGACCUAAGAUAUUAAAGGGAUAGUUCACUCAAAAAUAAAAAUGCUCAAUCAUUUACUUAUCCUCACGUUGUUACAAACCUGUAUAAAUUGUUCUGCAAAAACACAAGGAAAGAUAUUCUGAGCAAUGUUUGUAACCAAACAGUUUUGAAGCACCAUUGACUUCCAUAGUAUUUUAUCCUACUAUGGAAGUCAAUGGUGCUCAUGCUUCCUGCUGGAUUACAAAUACAUUUAAUGUUUAGUAGAACAAAGAAACUUAUACAUGUUUGUAACAACAUGAGGGCGAGUAAAUGAUGACAGAAUUUUCAUUUUGGGUGAACUAUCCCUUUAAAUCUUUAAAAAUCAUAGGAGUUAUGACAGGAAGAUAGGAAAAAAUGUGUGCCAGUGUGUUAAAGGAACACGCCCACAUUUUGGGAUUUUAGCUUAUUCACUGUAUCCCCCAGAGUUAGAUAAGUCCAUGCAUACCUUUCUCAUCUCCAUGCGUGCUGUAACUCUGUCUGAUGCAGCCCCCGCUAGCUUAGCUUAGCACAAAGACUGGAAGUUAAUGGCUCCAGCUAGCAAACAGCUCCCAAUAAGUGACAAAAGAACGCGAGCAGUUUGCUAGCAGGAGCCAUUCACUUCCAGUCUUUGUGCUAAGCUAAGCUAGCUGGGGCUGCGUCAGACAGAGUUACAGCACGCAUGGAGAUGAGAAAGGUAUGCAUGGACUUAUCCAACUCUGGGGGAUACAGUGAGAAUAAGCUAAAUUCCCAAAAUGUGGGCGUGUUCCUUUAAGAAAUAUAUGAAUUGAAUUGAUACUUCAGUUUAUGUUUCUUACCCCAAUGGCAGAUAUUUGCUCUUGUUUUAUAAACUUGCCUAACUUUGAUAUUUAUUUCAGAAAACAAUGGUCUGGUUUCACAGUCGAAGUUUAGACAAAGCCAGCCUUAGUUAGAUUGAGAUGUUUAAGCAUCUUUUAUAAACUUGAGACAAAUCAAUGUCACUGGCAUAUUUUAAGAUCUGAUAGUGCAAGUUAUUUUCAGUUGAGACGGCUCAAACAUGUGUUUUAUUCAAGGACUAACCUUAAGCUUUGUCUGUGAUUCUGUGAAAAAUUUGUAUUUGUACAGGAAAACAAACCUAAGAUUUUUUGCAGUGUUAUAUUUGUGUGACCGUAUAAUCUCCAGUUUGUUAAAUGUGCUGUUAUUUCACUGAAUAAAAUUAAGAAUAAUUG